ACCCAGGAACGGAAGGCGCGUCACCACCAGGGUCGUGAAAACUGCACUUGUUCUAAAUGCUUGUUUUCUUCACGCCCAUGGCCGGACGUGAACUUAUGGUGGCUAAUUCGUUAGGAAGCUGAUAUUUGUGUUCCUUCUUUCACAGACACCGUCUUCCCCUUCGCCUUUUGUUUGUUUUGGAGAGCUGCCCACCAAUUGCGAGGCUGCCGAACAAGAUAUGGCAGCAAUAGUGCCACACCUUGUCCAAUGUUUUCACCCUCCCCAGCAGCGCAGAAGAACUUGCUCUUUCUAUUCACCUGUUCGUCUCCACAAGUUUCCGAACCCAAGCAGGAGAGAUACAAAGUUGGUGGCUGAUACUCUUCCUGUACGUGCAAAGUCUUCACCGAAGAAUGACACGGUUAAUUCCAGGACUCGUCAAAAAGCUAGUGUUUCAAAAGAAGCCGAAAAGGGUAGAGGAUGGGUGAGCACUAUUAUGCAAGGACUCAGCUUCAGUGAGUUGGUCAAAGACCAACUUGUGCUAGACAUUCUUGCCAUCGCCUUACCAGCCUUGUUGGCACUUGCAGCAGAUCCAGUCACCUCCUUGGUCGACACCGCAUUCAUAGGCCAUUUGGGAUCGGCCGAGUUGGCUGGUGUUGGCGUCUCAAUUUCUGUGUUUAAUCUGGUGUCAAAACUGUUCAACAUCCCUCUGCUCAAUAUCACGACGUCCUUUGUUGCUGAAGAAGAGGUUCUAGUCGGUAAUGCAGAAAAUGCAUCACCAACGGGCGAAAUAACCAAGAGAGUGCUUCCAUCAGUUUCAGCAUCGUUAGUGCUCGCCGCUGGUCUUGGUAUUGCAGAGGCAAUUGCGCUAUCAAUUGGUUCGGGGUACUUCCUGAAUAUCAUGGGUAUACCUGCUGAUUCACCAAUGCACCUACCAGCUGAGCAGUUUCUUGCACUAAGAGGUCUUGGUGCUCCAGCGGUAGUCAUAGCUCUCGCAGCACAAGGAUCAUUUCGUGGAUUCAAAGACACAAAGACUCCUCUUUAUGCCAUAGGUGCUGGAAACUUACUUAAUGCGGUUUUGGAUCCGAUCUUGAUGUUUACUUUUAAUUUGGGUGUUGGUGGUGCUGCCAUUGCUACUGUAAUGUCUGAGUAUGUGAUUGCUCUUAUUCUUCUGUGGGAGUUGAAUUCAAGAGUGAUGCUUAUUCCUCCAAAGCUUCAAAUGAUUCAGUUAGAUCGUUUCAUAAAUUCAGGUUUUCUUUUGACAGGAAGAACCAUUGCGGUGCUUUCUACCUUUACACUUGGCACAUCUAUGGCUGCACGACAAGGCCCAAUUCCAAUGGCUGCACAUCAGAUUUGUUUGCAGAUUUGGUUGGCAGUGUCUCUUCUUAAUGAUUCUUUAGCUCUUUCUGGUCAGGCACUACUUGCAGGUGCUUAUUCUCAAGGUGACUACAAGCAAGCUCGAUUAAUCAUUCACAGGGUUUUACAGAUUGGGCUAUUGACAGGAAUUGGUUUGUCUAUUUUACUCUAUCUCUGUUUUGGCAUUUUUGUGGAACUGUUUACAACAGAUUCUUCUGUAUUGGAGAUUGUCCGUUCUGGCGUUCUGUUUGUUGCAGGCUCACAGCCCAUCAAUGCUCUUGCGUUUGUUUUUGAUGGGAUUUAUUAUGGAGUUUCAGACUUCAAUUAUGCUGCAUAUUCCAUGGUCUUGGUUGGAUUUACAUCUUCAUUGUUCCUAUUCUUGGGGGCACAUGCUUUUGGACUCGCAGGAGUCUGGGCAGGGUUGUUUCUUUUUAUGAGCUUACGGUUGGCUGCAGGAAUUUGGAGGUUGAGUACCCAGGCUGGGCCAUGGAAGAUGCUUCCGACUGAAGUGGACAUUGAGAUCGUUGACUAGUAAUUAUUAUAUUAAGCUCACAUACAUUUACGGGAUUGGUAUACGCAAUGGAUGCUAACUCAAAUUCAUGGGGUUAUUUCUGGUCAAGAAUUUAGCGGCUGCCUUGAAAGAGAAGAACAAGAACUGACCAGCAUGUGAUGAAAGAUACUUCAGAUUGUCUGCCAAUACAGUUUUUCUCAUCAACCAAAUUGAGCUAAGGGAUAUAUACUUGCAGAAGAUUCAGUCAUGCAGAUUGCAUUAGAAAAAGAGGGUGAAAAAAGUUACACAAGAGGGAAUCAAGUGUACAGAUUACCCCCAAUUUGAUGCCACUCAUGUUCGAAAGUGCAAUGAUUUUCUCUGCCAUAUUGCUCAUCACGUUUAGGGAAUCCACUGGGUUACCAUCUCGGCUCUCUUUCUCUAUCAGGUCCCGAAUUUACGAGGUCCCCAUUUUUGCAGAAAUCGUGUUUAUUCUCUCUCUUAUGGAGAGUUUGAAGAUUGUACAUCGUAUUCAUCUUUCUCUCGUGUUCUUUCCCUAAUAUUUUUUGUAAAUGUAUUCUUUCUCAGUGCACCAUGGUGUUCAAUUUUUAGACAAUCUCUCAUUUUGCUUGAA